AUGACAGAUUGCAUAUCUAGUCCGGAAUAUGUGGUGGAAGUUUCCUCGCAGAGAGACUCUAAUGAAAAAAGGAAGAUAUGGGAUUUUCAUGCUUCUCAAAAACACAUAAACUUUGAGGAGUCAGCUGUGUCCCAGAUAUGUCGGGCUGACUGUCCACACGGCUUUCCUCACGUGUGUAAAAUGUUUGUCACAGCAUAUGAAAAGGAUCAGAUUCUGUGUCCAGUGGAGACUUUUUUUCAAAUGCCUCUUGCUUUCCUCAAACAGACCUUGAAUAAAUUUCUUAAAGAAGAGACAAAGCGUUCAUUGUUCAUGGCAAUGAUUAAAAGAGAUGGGAAGAUCAGUGGACAAGAGUUGGAGGAGGAUGACAACCUUGGGUAUGCUUGCAUAUCAGCUGCUGAGGAUUUGAUUCUGUCUCUUGGCCCUGACCUGAAUGUACAGAAUGAAACAGGGGAUACAGCACUUCAUACAGCCGCAAGGCUUGGGUCUGCAGGGUGUGUUGGUGAGUUACUAAAGGUUGGAGCUGAUGUGAAUGUACUGAAUAAUACAGGUGCCACACCACUUCAUGAAGCAGCAAGGUGGAGAUCCCCAGAGUGUGUGGGUCUGUUCCGGAAGGCUGGAACGGAUGUGAAUAAUAAAACAGGUGACACCCCACUUCAUAAAGGGGCAGCAGAAGAGUUGAGAUCUACAAAGAGUGUAGAUGCGUUACUGAACGCUGGAGCUGCCAUUAAUGUAAAGAAUGAUUCAGGUGACACACCACUUCAUGCAGCAGCAGAACGGGGAUCUACAGAUUGUGUUGAUGUGUUGCUGAAGGCGGGAGCUGACAUUAAUGUACAGAACAAUACAGGUGACAAACCACCACUUGCAGCAGCAGAACGGGGAUCUGCAAAGUGUGGUGAUGCCUUACUAAAGGCUGGAUCUGAUGUGAAGGCUGGAGCUAAUGCUUAUGUAGAGAAUAAAACAGGUGACACUCCACUUCACAAAGCAGCAGCAGCAAAGAUGUUUACAGUGUAUAUAGAUGUGCUACUGAAGGCUGGAGCUAAUGCUUAUGUAGAGAAUAAUACAGGUGGCACUCCACUUCACAAAGCAGCAGCAGUGUUGAUGUUGAGAUCUACGGAGAGUGUUGAGACUGGAGAUGAUGUGAAUGUGUAG